UACGGUGGAAUGAUGGGAGGAUACGGAGGAAUGAUGGGUGGAUACGGCGGUAUGGGAGGUAUGGGUGGAUACGGCGGUAUGGGAGGAAUGGGUGGAUAUGGCGGUAUGGGUGGAUACGGUGGAAUGGGAGGUUACGGAGGAAUGGGUGGAUAUGGUGGAAUGAUGGGCGGAUACGGAGGAAUGGGUGGAUACGGUAGAAUGUCCCUUAUUGGUGGCAAAUAUGGAGGAUAUUGGCCAGGUGGGAAUAAUUAUUGGUGGACAAAUAGAAAAAUUGGAGGAGGCAUUUGGCCACGCACUAAGAAAGUGAGUGUUUACUAGACCAGUACAUCUGGAAUGACACAGACGAUAUGGAAUUCCCUUUUAUAUAUACAUCUUAUAUACUAGUAGAUAUUAGUAAACUUUGCAGCA